AUGGAAACUACAGAAAACAAACGUAAAAAGGAGAAACACGAUGAUAUUGAUGAAUAUCGCAAAGAAAAUAGGUCUAAAAGAGCACGAUCGCGAUCCCCAUCGGAAAAUCAAAGAGGUCGUGAAAGAGAUUUUAGACGUAAACGGAAGCAUUCCAAAUCUCGAUCUCCAGAUGUUACCGCUAAACAGGACAAACGUCGUAAUGAUACUCCUAAUGAAAUGCCUUUACAAAACAAAAAGGAAAUAACUGAGAGAAAAGCAAAAGAUACUGACAUGUUGAACACCAGGACUGGUGGUGCUUACAUUCCUCCAGCACGGCUCCGGAUGAUGCAAGCACAAAUAACAGACAAAUCUUCAGUCGCAUACCAAAGAUUAGCUUGGGAAGCGCUAAAAAAGUCUAUACACGGCCACAUCAACAAAAUAAAUGUAGGCAACAUUGGUAUUAUAAUAAAAGAACUUUUAAAAGAAAAUAUUGUGAGGGGGCGAGGUUUGCUGUGUAGAUCAGUAAUUCAGGCUCAAGCCGCCUCACCCACAUUUACUAAUGUGUAUGCUGCUUUGGUAGCUGCUGUUAAUUCACGAUUUCCAAAUAUUGGUGAAUUAUUGUUAAAGCGUUUGGUGAUUCAAUUCAAACGGGGCUUCAAAAGGAAUGAUAAAGCCAUAUGUAUAUCAUCAGCUUCAUUUAUUGCUCAUCUUGUCAAUCAACGGGUCGCUCAUGAAAUCCUUGCAUUAGAACUGUUAACAUUACUUGUCGAAAGUCCAACAGAUGAUUCCGUGGAAGUAGCCAUUGCAUUUCUCAAGGAAUGUGGGCAAAAACUCACGGAAGUUUCUUCAAAAGGUGUUAAUGCAAUAUUUGAGAUGUUAAGAAAUAUUUUACAUGAAGGACAAUUAGAUAAAAGGGUUCAGUAUAUGAUUGAAGUAAUGUUCCAAGUGUGGAAAGAUGGCUUCAAAGAUCAUCCAGCCCUUAUAGAAGAAUUAGAACUGGUACCUGAGGAGGAGCAAUUCACUCAUCUCUUAAUGUUAGAUGAUGCCACUGAUCCACAGGACAUCCUGAAUGUGUUCAAGUUUGAUGAGAAAUAUGAAGAAAAUGAGCAAAAAUACAAAACUCUAAGCAAAGAGAUCCUUGGUUCUGAUGCAGAAUCAGAUGAAGAAGACGGUUCAGGAGAAUCAGGUAGUGAUGAGUCAGAGGAAGAAGAAGAAGAGGAAGAGAAAAAAGAAAUGACCAUCAUAGAUAAUACAGAGACAAAUCUUGUUGCAUUACGUCGCACAAUCUAUUUAACUAUCAACUCCAGUUUGGACUUUGAAGAAUGCGCUCAUAAACUACUAAAAAUGCAACUGAAACCUGGUCAAGAAGUGGAACUUUGUCAUAUGUUUCUAGACUGCUGUGCAGAGCAGAGGACUUAUGAAAAAUUUUAUGGCUUACUUGCUCAACGGUUCUGUAAUAUAAAUAAAAUAUACAUUGGCCCAUUUGAGGAGAUCUUUAAAGACUCAUAUUCUACUGCACACAGAUUGGAUACAAACCGUCUGAGAAAUGUCAGCAAGUUUUUUGCUCAUCUUUUAUUUACUGACUCAAUUAGUUGGGAAGUUAUGGAAUGUGUCAGAUUAAACGAAGAAGAUACAACAAGUUCAAGUCGUAUUUAUAUUAAAAUUUUGUUUCAAGAGCUGGCUGAAUACAUGGGCUUGAAAAAGCUCAAUGAGCGACUUAAGGAUCCAACAUUACAACAAGCAUUCAGUGGGCUUUUCCCCCGUGAUAACCCAAAGAACACUCGCUUCUCUAUAAAUUUCUUCACCUCUAUAGGUCUUGGAGGUCUCACUGAUGAAUUACGAGAACAUUUAAAGCAAAUGCCAAAGAAUGUUCCUGCGCCAAUUACGGAAAUCAACUUGAAUUCAAGUUCAGACAGCUCCAGCUCAAGUUCAAGUAGUUCAGAUGAUUCUUCAUCAAGCUCCAGUGAUUCAUCAUCUGAAGAUGAAAGCGGCAAGAAAACGAAUAAAGCCGACAAAAACAAGAAGUCAAAAGACAAUAAAAAGCAAAAAACAUCUAAAUGUAUUGAUGAUGAGACGAAAGAUAAAAGCAAAGAAUCACAACCUGAAAGAUGGGGUCAUGAUGGUUUUUAUGAUACAUAUGGGGAAGGUGCUAGAAGAAUAAAUUCUAGGCCCGAGAGGUCAGAAAGAGAUACACAAAUCAAUCGUGAUAAAAGACAAGAGAAUAGACGAGAAGAGAACGGAAAAGAUGAAUAUAGGAGAAAUCGGGAUGAAAGUUUUGAAACGAGAAGAGUAGACCGUGAGGAAAAUAGAAGGGAACGAGAAUAUACUAGUGAUAGGCGAAGGCAGGUCAUUGAUAGCGCAUUAAGAAAUGGAGAUCGGGGUGAUAGGAAGGAUAGAAGAAGGCAAGAUGACAAUGAAACCAGAAGGAAUGAUCGAGAUGAAAUAAAUGACAGGAGAAGGCGGAAUAGCGAUGAAGAGUAUAAACGACGUCGUGGGGACAGUAAAGAACGAAGAAGACAGAGAAAUGAAGAAGAAAUUCGUGUAAACGUUGGAUCGGAGAAAUACAGGAGAAAUGAAAAAGAAAACAAUACUAGUGAACAGUACAGAGAUGAUGAAAAUAACGAUAGAAGAAGGCAAGGUGAUUUUGAAACCAGAAGGAAUGAUCGAGAAGAUAAGAAUCACAAUAGAAGGCGUAAUAGUGAUGAAGAGUAUAGACGAAAUCGUGAUGAGAAUAAAGAAGGAAGAAGGCAAAGAAAUGAUGAAGAAAAUCGUGUGAAUGUAAAAUCGGAUAAAAAUAGGCGAGAUGGAAAAGAAAACAAUACCUGUGAAGAGUACAGAAGAGAAGAAGAUGUUAAGCCUAAAAGAAAGCAAAAGGACGAAGAACAGGAUAAUAAAGUGGAUCCGAAAAAGGAUAAAAGAAAUGUAAGUAGUAAGCGAAAUGACGAAGAGUUGAGUGAAAACUUAAGAAAAAAGAAAAGUAAAAAUGAUACCAAUAAUGGAAAUAAUAGUAAAACUAAAAGGAAAACUAAAAGCAAAAAGAAGAGGCAAGAUAGUAGUAGCAGUGAAAGUAGCAGCAGUGACAGUAGUAGUAGUGAAAGCAGUAGUGACAGUAGUAGCAGUGAGGAUACAUCUAUAAAAGAAAAAAAACAUAAAAGCAAAAGUAAACUGGAUAAAGAAAAAAUAAGUGAAAAAGAUACUACAAAUCACAAGAAGAAAAAACAGAGUAAAAAUAAAGAAAAAGACAGUGAUAGUGAAAAUGAGGACAGGAAAGGAACAGUUAAAAAUGACAAAAAGAAUUCAAGCAGUCGAUAUUGGGAUGUUUUUGAUAUUUCAUCAAAGUCUAAGUCAGUAAAAACUGAAAAAGCUUCAAAGAAAAAGAAGCGGUAA